CGUCUCACCUGUCGUCGACCUCUACCGUACUCUUCAGACCUCAACCUCCCAAAACACCCCACUUCACUUUCUUUAUCACAAUGAAGUACUUCGCCGCCGCCGCUGUCCUCGCUUCGGUCGCUGUUGCCCAGUGAGUCUCCAAACCCAUCCCCAUCUCGCUCUUUCUCCUUCCAUCUAUACCUGCCUUCCUUCGCCCCACACCUUGCACUUGAAUUGGUUGCCUUGACCUUGGUCGGCGCGUCCUGCAUCGGCAAGAUGUAGGACACUGAUCUGAAGACUGUUGGCGGUUGACACCGCGCUGCCAUUCGCGUCACACCCUCCUCACCCGCGGGCCGCGGCGUCCAAUCCAAACAGCCUUCCCCCUGAAUUCCGCACCUCAUGUGGGCCUGGCCCACGGGCGAAGACGCACCUACCACCACCACCACCACCAGCCACACCGACACCACCACCCCAAGUCCCUCUCCCACCGCCUCCAUCAGAUCAGUCGCUAACCUCCCUCCCAGGCUCGACCCCAGCUCCGUCAACCCCUGCAUCCUCACCUGCGCUACCCAGGGUGCCACCGCCUCGGGCUGCUCGGGUGUCACCGACUUUGCCUGCAUCUGCUCGUCGCAGCAGUUCGUCCAGGGUGCCCUUGACUGCAUCAACGCGUGAGUCGUCUCUGUCUUUCAUUCAUGUGGGCACUUUGAGCUGACGCUCCACAGGCAGUGCCCCGACCAGGUUGCCGCCGCCCAGGCCCUCCAGGGCCAGCUCUGCGCUGGCCAGGGCAGCGCCUCGGCCUCGGCCUCCGCUCCCGCUGACAGC